AUGUUGGAAGUUGUUGGUGCUGCACCAGGUAGUCAUGCCAAUCAGGAUUAUCAUGAAGUUUGGAGAAACUCAUCAGAAUACCAAGAUAUGCAAGGGGAAUUAGGAAAUAUGGAACGUGAAUUAGUCAACUUACCUAGGGAUGAAUCACCGGAGGCUAAGAAGUCAUAUGCUGCACCAAUCUGGAAGCAAUAUCUCAUUGUCACCAAGAGAGUUUUCCAACAAAACUGGAGAUCUCCAACUUAUAUUUAUUCCAAAUUAUUUUUGGUUGUUUCUUCUGCUUUGUUUAACGGGUUCUCUUUCUUCAAGGCUGAUAGGUCUAUGCAAGGAUUACAAAAUCAGAUGUUUGCUAUGUUUAUGUUUUUGAUUCCAUUCAAUACUUUAGUCCAACAAAUGUUGCCAUAUUUCGUGAAACAAAGAGAUGUAUAUGAAGUCAGAGAGGCACCAUCUAAGACGUUUAGUUGGUUUGCUUUCGUCACUGCUCAAAUUACGUCUGAAGUUCCAUAUCAGAUCGUCUGUGGUACAAUUGCAUUCCUUUGUUGGUUCUAUCCCGUAGGUUUCUACGAAAAUGCAGUUCCUACUAAUGCUGUUGACCAACGUGCUGUCUUAAUAUGGAUGUACAUCUGUUCAUUUUAUGUCUACACCUCGACCAUGGGUCAAUUGUGUAUGUCUUUCAAUGAACUCGCUGAUAAUGCGGCUAAUUUAGCUACUUUGUUAUUCACAAUGUGUUUGAAUUUCUGUGGUGUCUUAGCUGGUCCAGAUGUCUUACCGGGAUUCUGGAUUUUCAUGUACAGAUGUUCUCCUUUCACUUAUUUCAUUCAAGGUAUGUUGUCAACCGGUUUAGCCAACACUAAUGCCGAAUGUUCUAAAGCUGAACUCUUAAACUUUGAACCUAUCGAAGGUCAAAAUUGUGGUGAAUACAUGUCUGACUACAUCAAACAAGCCGGUGGUUAUUUGAUUGACGAAAAGGCUUCCUCUGAAUGUCAGUUUUGUCCAAUGGACUCUACCAACGAUUUCUUAGCAAGUGUCAAUUCAUAUUACGCUGAAAGAUGGAGAAAUUGGGGUAUCUUUAUUUGUUUCAUCGCCAUUAACAUCCUUCUUACAAUUUUCUUCUACUGGUUAGCCAGAGUUCCAAAGGGUAACAGAGAAAAGAAGAAGAAAUAA